AUGCCGAGAAACAAGGCUCAUAAGCAGCGUUUUAGCUCUAAACGUGCGUUUGCCGGAAAUGCGAAGGGACGUUUCUUUAAUUCAAACGCAACAGGAGUAAAGACCUUUCUUCCUAUGGAAACAAAGGAACGAAUUCGAAAGUCUGUAAUAUUACAACGCAAAAGAUCUGCCUCGGCUCUUAAAACUAAUCAACUGGGAAGCCUUGGUGGCGCUCCGCGAGUGAUCGGGGUAAUUCCUGCAAAUGAAUCAGGGAACACUGAUUUAGUUGUUCAGGGGAUUUGUCGGGCCAUGGGUGGGGUUAAGCCCGAUAAAUGUUUUCCGUUUUCUAUGACAUCAAAGGAAAAAAAGGCGAAUUUUACUUUUAUAUGGGAAAAUCAAUAUAAUGAUCAAGAUUGUAUUGACAUUGCUAAGGUUGCAGAUUUUUUGGUUUUUACAUUGGACGCAUCUCAGUCAGUUCAACAGACUAUACGAGAAAUGCAAGACGCUCCGCCUAUUGAAUACGAUCAUGAUGAGGGUUGCUCCGUGGCUAGCGGGAAAACGUGGUUUGGAGAUAUUGGGUUAUGUAUCACGGAUUUUACAAGGAGCAUGAUUACUGCUCUAAAUGCGCAAGGAGUGCCGAGCAUUGUUGUCGUUUUACAGAAUUUGGAAACCUUUGCCGAAAAACAACGUCAACAGGUUUUGCGGGUGCAUCAACGUUACUUUACCUCGGUCCUUCCGGACACAACAAAGACAUUUGCUAUAGUCGAGGAUAAUGAAUAUGACUCAUUGUUGCGUCAUCUACAAGUUACCAAACUGCGUUCCUUGUUAUGGCGUGAGCAACAUCCUUACUUGGUAGUUGAGCAGGGCAGCUACCUUAGUGAUACUCAGAAAUUAAUAAUUGGGGGCUAUUUAAGAGGGAUGUCUAUUUCUUCUAAACAACUAAUUCAUCUCACUAAUUAUGGAACGUAUCAAAUUGAGGGCAUUUCCUUCAAUGAUCCAACUUCUGGAGAUCCUCAUUAUGCUGAUUACUCUCAGGUGGAUCAGCGAGAGCCGCUAGAGCAUGUCCAAGCUAAUGCCACUCUUGAGGAUGCGGAGGGACCCACGGAGGAGGAUCUGGCUUAUCACCACUCAUUGGAUACGAAAAAGAUCAGGGUCCCCGAAGGUGUCUCAGACUAUCAAGCGGCAUGGUAUGACCUUGAAGAAAACGAAAUAUUGGAAGAAACUCCGAUGCCAAUAAAUUUAAUGGGAGAGGAGGAGGACGCAUCUGUUGGCGCAGAAUUCUUGUCGCAUUACACCUCAAAAACUGACGUUGAUUUUCUUAAGGUGAGGCAUAUUAUUCGUCUGGAGCGAGUGACAGAUGAAGAACGUGAAGCAGAAAUUGAAAGAAUUCGUGAAGAAAGCGAAGGGGAUGCAUGGAAUCCGGAUAUGGUUAAUACGCCUUUGAAUUUGCCCGCUAGAGAGAGAUUUGCAAAAUACCGUGGAUUAAAAAGCUUUCCAACAGGCAAAUGGGAUAUUACAGAGAAUCUUCCGCCACACUAUGCCUACAUAUACAAGUUACAGGGUAUAACACGGAUUCGAAAGGCGGCUCUAACAAAAUGUGCUGAGGGUCCUGUGGUUAUUAACCAAUUUGUUUACAUUACUAUUGUAGGAGUUCCAAAAAGUGUCUGGGAAAACGCGAUGACUAGUGGGUAUAUUAUAGCUUCAGGUCAGUUGGAACACGAGCAAAAAUGGUCAGUAUUGCAUUUUCAAGUUCAGAGAAACCUAGAAUGGGAAGAGCCAAUCAAGUCAAAGACACCCAUGUUGGCUCACAUUGGAUUCCGGAAGUUUUAUGUGUCUCCUUUGUUUAGCGAUAUUACGGCAUCUGAUCGCACGAAAUUUGCUCGUUUUUUUCAUCCUUCUGAGAGUUUUUGUAUGGCUUCAUUUUUUGGACCGAUUUCUUAUCAACCAUGUCCGAUUCUUCUUUUUGAAGUACCCUCUUUGGAAGAACAAAAAUCUGGAGAUUCUCUACGGUUAGCAUGCUUUGGCGGAGCGCUGCCUCCAAACCCCGAUCUUUUGAUUCUAAAGCGUGCAGUGUUGACAGGUCGUGUGGCGACUAUCCACAAGAAGCAAAUUGUAGUGAAAUAUAUGUUUUUUAAUGACAAUGAUGUGCGAUGGUUCCAGCCCGUGGAUUUACAUACUCGGAUGGGAAGGCGAGGAAAGAUAACUAAGGCUGUUGGAACUCAUGGAUUAUUUAAGGCUUCUCUUAAUGAUCAAGUUAUGCAGCACGAUCUUGUUUGCAUGGAUCUUUACAAGCGCGUUUUUCCCAAAUGGACAACUUUGCCCUUUAACAUAGCUGAUUUAAAGAAUCAUUCAAAUGAGGAAGUGCAAUACUAA